AAUCCCGACUACUAGUAACUAUUCAUCAACAACUCAUUGAAUUGGUACGAAUAUUAUGAAUGAAAACUUAUGAUUGGCUUAUUUAGUAUUGAAUAUAUUAAGAUUCACCAUUCCAAAUUACCUGAAAGAGAGAUACUGGAGUAGCAGUGUGCUCUGGUGUGUAUCAGAGAAGGUUCAAACUACCAUCCCUUACCAAAUGGCCGAGGACUGUGAGAAAGAAAAACAUAUAUCUGUGCUUGUUGAACAGGCAUUUCCAACAUGUAUCAUGGUGUCGUACAAGGAUGAAGGGAAAACAUAUAGGGGAGUCCUCCUAGAUGAAUCAAGCCACAUUGUCACCAGAGCAUCACUCACCAGAACCAUUGAAGACAAAGACAGUUCAAAUUUAUGCUUAACAUCAUCACGUGCUGUGACAUGCUCAUCAAGUGACUUGCCAAAGUGUGAAUCUCGUACACCACAAGAUAAACAUGAUGAUGACAUUGACCACAGUUCUUCAGAACACCAGGGCAGAAGUCUUAUAAAAUCAUCAUGUCUUCGAAAGAGACAAAUUAGAACAACACAAACAGGUCAACCCGUGACUAAUAGUGAAAAUAUGACUGACACAAGGCGGCUUAAGUCACCAGAGCAAAAAAUCUCUCUCAUGAAAUCAUUGAAAAGAAAAAGAUCAAAGCCAUCCACAAGAUCAGGCACUUCUUCAUUUGAGAAUGGACAGGAAGAUUUGGAACAAUCAGCAACAAAUGAUAACUCUCAACAUUUCCCUGUUCUUAAAUUGAAACGAACCACUGGAACCUCAAAUAACUAUGUGGCACUUAUUUCUGAGAAAAGCCAAAAAGUGAAUGCAGAAACUGGCAAAGAAUCUCCUUAUGUACAAUCAAACAAAAGCUUCGACCACAGACAUAACACAAGAUAUAGGGGAAGGAAGAGAACUGAUGAGAAGUCAAAUCACCAGGAAAUGAAUGUGAAGUCUGAAGAGCCAAACGAAAAAGAAAUUUUAUCAAAUGGUGAUGAAAUAGUUGAAGUUUACACAAAGGAGCCAAGUGCACUAAUCAAUGAGAAUGGUUCACAACUUGGCAAACAUGUUAAUAUUAAUCAAUGCUAUGCCAAAAGAGGCGUACAGCCACGUAAUCACAAUGUAGAAAUGAGAGUGGGUGAAAUCAUUUGGGGAAAGUUCAUGGUCAUCCCUGGUGGCCUGGUCGUAUCCUUCACAUUAUCUGUCAUGCUACUGAGGACAAGCCUAGUUUAGUGAAAGUUUCUUGGUAUGGAUCAACAACAACAUCGGAAAUUUCAUGCAGUUUUUUAAUGACAUUUGAGGAGCAUUUUAAGCAAUUAUACAAAAAACAAAAGCAGGGUGCAUACAGACGUGCCGUACGCCAGGCACAGCAGGACUUACAAGUCAUGUACACUGGUAAUCAAGGGUAAUUUCCUAUGAUGUUUUGUUAUGUUUCCUAAGGCAAACAGCAAGCUUUAAAAAAACAAGCGACAAGAUGAUUUCCCCAAUUUUAGUGGCUAACAAACAGUGUGUUUGACUGAUAAUAUUUGACAGCACAGAUAUAAUUAAUCUGACCUUCAAAUGUACGCAUUGAUAAAGAACUAUAAAGAUUAUGAGUUAAGGAUGUUAUGUUUUACAAAAUAAAUUUUGUUGCUGUGCUAUUCGAGAAUUGUUCACAAAGCAUGACAAUGCCAAAGCAUGGUUAAAAAGAGAAACAGCUGACUGUAGGUCUUGUAGGAGAACAAUAUCUAAAUAUCACUAGCAACAUUUAUUUGUACAUAAUCGGAUUUAAUAUGGCUUGUAUUGAAAUAGCUAUACAAUUUAAUGUUUUGGCAAACAAUGGUAUUUACUAUUAUGCA